AUGGUCGCUCUCUCAGGUUCUCACACGAUAGGACAAGCAAGAUGCACUACUUUUCGCGAUCGUCUCUAUAACGAAACUGAUAUAAAUGCUUCAUUCGCUACAUCGGUUAAAUCGAACUGUCCACAAAGUGGAAGUGACAAUGACAUCUCUCCAUUAGACGCCACAAGCCCAACCACAUUUGAUAAUAUUUACUAUAAGAAUCUGCGAAUUCAAAAGGGUCUUCUUCAUUCUGACCAACAACUCUCUAGUGGAGGCUCAACAGACUCUAUCGUUAACACUUAUAGUUCCAAUUCAGCCACUUUCUUCACUGAUUUUGCAAAUGCCAUGGUGAAAAUGGGUAAUCUUAGCCCACUUACUGGCACCAAUGGUCAAAUCCGCAAAAAUUGUAGGAAGACCAAUUAA